GGGUUGUAUCCAGAGUUCUUUGAACAGGAGAACACGUGGAUCUUUGAGGAGAACACGUCUAGUUGUUUCCGCUUCUUUGCUACCUAUUCCAAGAAAAAGCUUUCAGAGAAGGGAUUUGGUGCUGUAUGGCCUCUCAACUUCGUUGGCUCUUAUUCUUCCAACUUCUGAUUUGCAAGCUGUGGUUGAGUUGGGUGAAGAUGCAAAGAUGGCUUUACUAGUUGAUGACAUAAAUGCAUACUCUUUUCAGUACCCGGUGGAAUUGCCUGCAAAGAAGUUUGCUUUUAAAUGGGUGGAAUCCAGAAAGCCGGAAAGAUACUCAUCUGCUGCACCACUGUCACCUGAUGCACGACAACGCAUUGUGUCUGAGCGCGUUGACAUGAUCAAUAACCUUGUCAUCUCAGUCUCGAUUGGUCCUCCCAAUUCGCGCUUUUUAACUUCAAACAACAAGAAUACAUGGACAGCAAAAGAUGUUGCUGAUUCUGUUUUAUCUGACAAGUCUGCAUUGCGCAUAACAACAGGCCAGCGUAUGGCUGAGAGUUCAGUUCUUGAUGCACAUUCUAUGAAAAUUGAUGGUGAACCAUAUUGGUAUUACGAAUACCUUGUUCGAAAAUCGCCAACAAAAUCAGUGCAAGAACCAAACCUUUACCGGCACAAUGUUGCUUCAACUGCUGAGCGAGAUGGCUAUCUGUACUCCUUGAAUGCUUCAACACUUAGCAAGCAAUGGGAAAAUAUGGGACCUUUCCUAGAGAAAACGGUGGCAUCUUUUCGCCUUCUCCCCGCUACUGAAAAUUAUGUCCCUCCAUACAAGGAUCCUUGGAGAUUUUGGUGAAGUAAACUUCUUAUAUUUUGUCGAAAUAUGCCAAUUUGAUUGUUGUUGGAAUUGGUCUUGGUCUUGGUAGCAUGGCCUUGUGUGAUGCAUUUUUUGAACUUCUGAGGUCAAGGGCUCAUUUGCAGGGCUACAUGGUUGUCUCCCAGUAUAAAUGUAAACUUGUAUCAAAUCUCGUAGGAGGAUGUUUGUUAUUUUCUUGUUCAAAUAUACCAUGAGAAGGGUGGAGGAAGUCCCAUGGGGCACCUCCUCUCGAUAGCUUCCUUCA